AGCUAUCCAGCCCUGGUCCGCAUACAGCCACGCGUCGUGGUGUCGUCACGUCGUCUGGUUUAUGUUGUAAUUUGAACAAUUUAAAGCCCACCACAAUUGAAACAGGAUGCUCCCUCAAUUGCAUAACAGCAUUUUUGCAUAAGUGUGUGUGUGUGUGUGCGUACGGCCAGGGAGGAAACACACAAAUACAUACUAAUCGACGCAACGUUUGUCAUUUCAUCUGGCUUGCUCAUUAAUAAUAACUACUAUAAUCAAAUUCGAUAUACGUUGCAUAUUGCAUUUUCGCUGGACCUAAUUGAUUAAUUGUAUAAAUUGGCUGGAACGACGCCGUACAAUUGUUUUGGUUGCCACCUAUCGUAUACAUCGAUAACCAAGCAUAUGCGAUAGUUAGGCAUCAUCCACAGUAUUCGUUUGAACACGGUUAACAGAAAACUGUGCACACCAUUAGUAACAGCUUAGCAACUGUUAAGUUCUUGGAUGCCAGAAAUUUAACAUUAAACAAACAGUGACACUUACAUAACGCGCAGUCACAGUCGUACGUCGAGUGAUAUGGCCGUGUUUCUGAUCAACAUCUGCAAAUUCAAUGGCUGUUUUAAAACUUUUCCAAGUCUGAACGACUUAAUAUCACACAUCGAGGGCACACAUAUAGACUAUGAUCCUCAGGUGGUCGAGCAAAAAGAGCUGGCACCGCCUGCGUCUUUGCCGCUGAGCUAUGUGCUCCGCUACAUCUCAGAUGAUGCUCGAAAGGAGCCAUCCACUUUCCUAAUCAACAACACCAGCAGCAACAACAACAGCACCAGCAACGCCGGCAGUGGCAAUGCGGGCAAUGCGGAGCUCAAGCGCAAGCUUGCGAUUAAGCAUCAUAGCUAUAGUAUGUCAUCGUCAAAUCGCAGCAAUACGCCCACAGGCAGCGAAAUGGACGAUGAUGAAAUGGUUGUUUCGGAAUCGGAGGACAGCAAUGACUCUUGGACCACCGAGGAGUUUAGCUCUGAGUUCAUUAUGCGUUAUGGCAGCAGGCAUUCCGGUGGCGGCAGCAAUGGCACGCCCGGCAAUGAGAAACCGUUUGCGUGUCCCGUUCCUGGCUGCAAGAAGCGUUACAAGAACGUGAAUGGAAUUAAAUACCAUUCGAAGAAUGGCCACAAAAAGGACGGCAGAGUGCGCAAGGGCUACAAGUGCCACUGCGGAAAGAGCUAUAAAACGAUGCAAGGCCUGAAAAAUCAUGCGCUUCACACCCACAACUCACAGCCGGAGAGCGUGCUAACGACGCAGCAGUUAGCUGGCUUAGCGGUAGCCGCUGCAGCGUCAGCAACUGCCGAUAAUGUGGGCAGAUGCAAGACCGAAAACAACAACAGCAGCAAUGGCAGCAGCCUGACUGGAAGCAACAAUGCCAACAACAAUGUUGGCCUGCUGCAGCGCAGCAAUUCGCCAUCGCAAUCACUGGGCUCGCUGAGCCCAUCCAGCAGCAACAUGUCAAGCAGCACCAGCGCCAGUUGCCAUGGCGCAGGCAGUUUGGGCAGCAAUAGUUUGUCCAGCAAUGCUGCUACUGCCAGCAAUAUGUUGCAGCAGCUAAGCAAUGGCAACAUUGUGACUGUAACAAAUUUGCCACAACAGCAACAGCAGCAACAACUUUCACUACCACGGCCGCUAGUCAGCAGCAGCAACAACAGCAACAGGCUCUGGUGGCAACACUCACGACCAACAUGUUGCAGCAGAACCAGAAGCUGCCAAACGGUGGCUGCAACAAGUGCUUCAGGCGUCGAACCCAUGGACACAGAUGAGGCACCAAUCGUGGCCAGCGAUGCAUUAAUGUUGACGGACAGCAGUCUUUGUUCAGCGACUGCAGCUGCUGACGGCAAGGAUCUUAUGCCAUCGACAAUUGCAUCGGCCGUCAAUUCGGGCACCAUCACAGUGGCAGCCAUUGAAGUUGUUGGUGCCGGCGUUGUCAACACCGAAACUAUCUUUUGUUCUUUUUUCAUAUAUUUGGUUUGCCUUUUGGUUUUUUGUUUUAUGAUUUCGUUACUUCUUUUCCUUUUCUCUCUACCUAUUGCAGAAACCUCUUACUCCUGCUCACACAACAACAACAGCAACAGUAGCAACAGCAACAGCGGCAGCAGCAGCGACAGCAGCAAUCAACUUGCCGCAGCCAAGUUCAAUCGGCCCACAGCAACAGCAGCACCAGCAGCUGCGACAACAGCAACAAUGCCAGCCAGCAAGCCGGCAGCGACCACGCCCAUGCAAAUCUCGUACACCUUCAUUGAGCACAAGUAUUCGCUGGGCUUCAAAGAGAAAUUCUUUUCGAAUCUGCGUGCCAGCCGCAAUGGAACCUUGUCUGGGGGCAAUGGCGAUCAGCUGGCAGCAACUGCUGCUGCCAUUGGGGCAGAGUCAGUGGGUACCGCAACAGUUGCUGGUGGUACUGGUGGCAGCAGCAAUGCCAAUAUGCUCGGCGCUGUUGCUGUGGGUCAGAUGUGCGCGCUGCAGAACGAGCAUAUACAUCAAAAUCUCUACAAGAAAACAAUCAAUUAAGUGUCAGAUCGGAUCAGAUCGGACCGCAUAGAGAGCGUUGGCUGUGAUGAAA